AUGUUGGUCAAAAGUUUGCUGAGAGUAGACCUUAAAUGUGCUUACCAUAACAACGAAAAUGGCUUUCCAGCGCCGGCCCCGGACACAGCAACCGUCGCGAUCUUGAUGCCCAAGAAGAACCGGAUUGCCAUUUAUGAACUCCUUUUUAAGGAGGGGGUGAUGGUGGCCAAGAAGGAUGUCCACAUGCCCAAGCACCCGGAGCUAGCAGACAAGAAUGUGCCCAAUCUUCACGUCAUGAAAGCCAUGCAGUCUCUCAAGUCACGAGGCUACGUGAAGGAACAGAUUGCCUGGAGACAUUUCUACUGGUACCUCACCAACGAGGGCAUCCAGUAUCUCCGCGAUUACCUCCACCUGCCCCCUGAGAUCGUGCCCGCCACCCUGCGCCGCAGCCAUCCUGAGACUGGCCGGCCACGGCCCAAAGGUCUGGAGGGAGAGCGACCUGCAAGACUCACACGAGGGGAAGCCGACAGAGACACACACAGACGAAGCGCCGUGCCCUCUGGUGCCGACAAGAAAGCCGAGGCUGGAGCUGGGUCAGCAACUGAAUUCCAGUUUAGAGACAGAUUUGGUCAUGGACGUGGUCAGCCACCUCAGUAA